UCAUAUUCUUCGAAUGGUUAGGGAGUGAGUGUGUUAGUUAGCCACAGUUUAAAGAUCUCCAUGAAGGACAACUACGUGGACAAAAGAGCAAACAACCUCUAAUUGAGCAUUUAACAUUUAACCAUUACUGUUUUAAGGAAGAUUAACUCAUGACUAGGUGAAAAUGGACUUAAAGAAGUGAACUGCUUUAUUGUUGCUCAAAGAAUCCCUGGAAGAAGUUCUGGAGUGUGUGGACCAAGAGCUUGAAGAAUGCAGGCUGUGCCUGGUUUUAGGUGCAGAGAGCAGGGUGAGAGCUCUUUGCAGCAACUCAUGCCAAGAAUGGUACGGGUAACGGGAGCAGGAGGUCCAGGCUCAAACGCUGGGGCUAUUCAGGGGCCUCUCAGAUCUUCGAAACCCCCUCGUGAGCUUAGUGUGGAGGAGCAACAGGAGCUACGGAGAAAGAUCAACAGCCGUGAGAGAAAGAGAAUGCAGGACCUCAACGUGGCCAUGGAUGCUUUACGGGAGGUCAUGGUGCCCUACUCUUCUCCCACCGGUGUAGGUGGAGCACUGCAGCACCCUUACCUCCCUCCUGGAGCCCCUCCGACUGGACGGCGCCUGUCUAAGAUCUCCACACUGGUGCUGGCCCGUAACUACAUCCUGCUUCUAGGCUCCUCCUUGCAGGAGAUGAGGCGUCUGCUGGGCGAGGUCAGCAUCGGGAUGGGCGUUAGCGGGACUGUACCGUGUCUGCUGCUGACAGGGGGGUGGCCGUUUCUUACCGGGCCAGGACAGCUUCUGCUUUCCCCUCCUGAGCAGCAAAUGGGUGCAGCAAAGUGCUCUCUUCUGUCUCAGGGGAGCCUGGAGGAGCCCUUGGCAUGGGGGCCAGGCAGCAUGUCGGAGAGCACGGUGUGCCAGUGUGGGGUGUGUCGGACCCCACGGGUGGUGCAUGUUAAUCCCGCCACACGUUUCCCAAAAUGAUUCCCACAGGAGUUGUAGAAAGUUUAAAAAAAUUACAAUUCAACAAGCAGUUUUUAAAUCUGUGUGAAGGGUGUCUGAGUGAAUUUUUGGUAGCACUUUACAGGUUUAAUUUGUUAACCUUAGGAAUAGUUCACCCAAAAACUAAAAUUCAGUCAUCUUUUUCUCACUAUCAUGACGUUUACAAACCUGCUUUCUUUGGUGGAGCACAAAUAAAUACAUUUUUAUGUUCAACAGAAGAACGAAAGUCACAUGAUUUUAAAAAAUGAAGUACAAUCAAAUCAAAAAUUAUUCAGACACAAGAUAUAAUUUUUGAUAUUUUUUUUACUAGUUGGUGCAGGGCACUAUCAUUCUUUUAUGUAAGUGAGGAUAGCAAAAAAGUAUGACAUAUACCCCAAAAUUCUUCAUACAGUGGACUACCGGUAAAAUUGAUAAAAAAAAACAAUUUGGGACCAAAAAUUUGAUUUGACACCUUGACCUGACCAUGUUUUGUUACAUACCUUUAUAUCAAAGUUAUAUGACAUUAUCAAGAUGAAUUUGGCAUAGUUUAACUCUUAGGUUCUUAUCAUAUUUUAAUACCAUUUCUAAACAAACUGUGAAAUUUUGAAGGUGUCUGAAUAAAUUUAGGUUCGACUGUAAUUAAUUUGUGAUUAUCAAGAUGAAUUUGUUCUAACACAGUUUAACACUUGAGUUCUUGUCAUAUUUUUAUUACCAUUUUCUAUAGCGAAUAAACUGUGAUUAUUUGAGAAAUGUUGAAGGUGUUUUUUUUUUAUUUGACUGUAUAAUAAACGAAUGCUGAGCACAACUUUUACAGCAUUCAUUAAAUUUUGGUUAAUGUUCAUUUCCACGUUUGUACAUUUGUACAUUUGUAACAUUUCAAGUGGUAUAAACUUGAAUGUGCAAAUAUGCAUUAGCUAACUGAAUUUUUAAAAUUGUUUUUCUCUCCUUUUG